AUGCAAGGGCAGAAAUGGGCACUGGGAAGGAUCAUUGGCGGAUGGGAAGCUAAGCCCCACUCCAGGCCCUACAUGGCCUAUUUAUUAAUUGGAAGUGAGUCAGGUAGAUCUCAGUGUGGAGGGUUCCUACUUCGCCCAAAUGCAGUGCUCUCAGCAGCUCACUGUGUGGCUCGAAAAACGAAAGUGAAUAUCACUGUGACCCUGGGAGCCCACAACAUAAGUAAGAAAGAGCCGAGCCAGCAGGUAUUCCACAUUCGCCACUGGGUCAUCCACCCCAGCUAUUCAGGAGAUACCCUUGAAAAUGACAUCAUGCUGCUGAAGAGCUGGGGGAGCUGUGCUCUGACAUGUCUGACCCCUCCCACUCCUUUUACCUCACAGGGUGAUUCUGGUGGCCCAUUAGUCUGCAAUGGGAAGGCUCAGGGCAUUGUUUCUUAUGGACCCAAAUACGGCAUCUUCCCUAAAGUAUUUACCAGAGUGUCCUAUUUUGAGCCCUGGAUACGUGAAGAGCUGAGGAAGUUUGCGCUCCAAGACCUACCUGACUCUCCUUCCUCUGACUAA